AUGGGGGACCUGCCGCCCUACCCUGAGCGCCCUCCCCAGCAGCCCCCGGACCGGAGGACUUCCCAGGCCUCCCAGAGGCAGCACAGUCGGGACCAAGUUCAGCCCCCGGCAGCGGACCCCGAGGAGGGGCAGCAGAUAGCGCCAGACGCCCGGCGUAACGCCCCGGGUUGGUCACAGAGGGGCAGCCUGUCCCAACAGGAGAGUUUGCUGAUGCCCCGGGCCUUCCAGGCUGAGGAAGCCCGGAUGGGUAGCGUGGAGUACCCAUCCAUGAACACGGGCUUUCCCUUGGAGUUCCAGCCCCAGCCUUACUCGGAUGAAAGCAGGAUCCAGGCCGCAGAGCUCACCACCAGCCUAAUGCAGCGGCUCCAGCAGGGCCAAAGCAGCCUGUUCCAGCAACUGGAUUCCGCCUUCCCGGAGUCCCCAGUCAACCCCUUGGACCCGUUCAACCUCUACCAGACGGACCAGUUCUCUGAAGGUGCCCAGCACGGGCCCUACAUAAGGGAUGAUCCUGCCCUUCAGUUCUCGCCCUCUGAGCUGGGCUUCCCACACUACAGUGCCGAAGUGCCUGAGCCCGAGCCUCUGGAGCUGGCCGUGCAGAACGCCAAGGCCUACCUGCUGCAGACCAGCAUCAGUUGCGACCUCAGCCUGUACGAGCACCUGGUGAACUUGCUGACCAAGAUCCUGAACCAGCGGCCCGAGGACCCCUUGUCUGUCCUGGAGUCGCUGAACCGCACCACGCAGUGGGAGUGGUUCCACCCCAAGCUGGACACACUGCGGGACGAUCCCGAAAUGCAGCCCACCUACGAGAUGGCAGAGAAACAGAAGGCGCUGUUCACCCGGAGUGGAGGCGGUGCCGAAGGCGAACAGGAGAUGGAGGAGGAGGUGGGCCGCUGCACUUGGGUGAACCCUUUGCAGAAGACAGAGGAGGAAGAGGACCUGGGGGAGGAGGAAGAGAAGGCUGAUGAGGGGCCAGAGGAGGUGGAGCAGGAGGUUGGCCCCCCACUGCUAACGCCACUUUCAGAAGAUGCGGAAAUCAUGCACCUGGCACCCUGGACCACCCGCCUGUCCUGCAGCCUCUGCCCGCAGUACUCAGUGGCCGUUGUGCGCUCCAACCUCUGGCCUGGGGCCUAUGCCUAUGCCAGUGGCAAAAAGUUUGAGAACAUCUACAUCGGCUGGGGUCACAAGUACAGCCCCGAGAACUUCAACCCUGCCCUGCCAGCCCCCAUUCAGCAAGAGUACCCCAGUGGCCCAGAGAUCAUGGAGAUGAGUGACCCCACAGUGGAAGAGGAGCAGGCUGUGAAAGCAGCCCAGGAGCAAGCCCUGGGAGCCACAGAGGAGGAGGAGGAGGGCGAGGAGGAGGAGGAGGGCGAGGAGACAGAUGACUGA